GGGCCAUUGUUAAUUUUCAAACAGUUCGAGCAGAGUCGUGACCGUUAGCACAUCCACAGCAGACGAACGAGCCAAAAGACAGAGACAGCGAUAGACAUGGUUGCAAUCAAUGGAGAGGAUAAUGGCCAGCAGGCGGGCAACCUGUUUGACGACAAGAAGAUCUUUCCGGAGUUCCGCAGCGGACCCCUGGACGCGUACCGCCAGAAGGCGAGUUUCUGCUACAAGCGGAUGAAUGUGCUCCUAGAGGGCGAAGAGCACAUUCGAUUGAAGCACAAGGUAUGGCAAUGGAUGGAGCAGCACCCGGACUACCAGCGGGAGCCAGAGGUGGCCACAUUGGAGCGCACACGAGAGAUGGCCAACAAGCGGCAGCAUUUGCUCUGGGAGCAGCAUUUCUUUGGUGUAAAUGAGUAUUUGGGCACACCUCACCUGCUGCUGGCCUUUGGUCAGGCCAUCUUCAGCUAUGACUUCAGCACCUCGGUGAAGUUUGGCCUCUCGAAUGGCAUGUUCCCCAGCACUCUGGUGUCCAAUGGGUCGGGCCGUUUGGGCAAGUACAUUGCGAAGAUAUCCGAUAAUCGGAUUUUGGGCGCCUACGCACUCACAGAGUUCUCGCACGGCACCAAUGCGCUGGGCAUGCGCACCCGUGCCACCUAUGACCUGAAGACCAAGGAGUUUAUCAUCCACACGCCCGACUUUGAGGCAUCCAAGUGCUGGGUGGGCAAUCUGGGCAAGACCUGCACCCAUGCCAUUGUCUAUGCUCAGCUGUUUGUGCCCGAUGACAAGCAUCAGGGUUUGCAGGCCUUCCUGGUGCCCAUACGCGACGAGCGCACGCUGCUGCCCUUCCCGGGCGUCACGGUCGGCGAUAUGGGCGAGAAGAUUGGCCUGAAUGGCAUUGACAAUGGCUUUGUGAGCUUCAAUCAGUAUCGCAUUCCCAAGGCCAAUCUCCUGUCCAAGGCGGGCGACAUUGAUGACCAGGGCAACUACAACAGUCCCAUCAAGGAUGAGCGCAAGCGAUUGGGUGCCUCGUUGGGCGCCCUCUCCCAGGGACGCGUCAACAUCACAGCCAUCACGUAUGUGGCCCUCAGCAAGGCCGUGUCCAUAGCCACGCGCUAUGGCGCGAGCCGCAGGCAGUUCGGACCCAACAACAGUCAGACGGAGUGGCCCGUGAUUGAGUAUCAGUCGCAGCAGUAUCGUCUCAUUCCCCAUUUGGCCACCACAAUUGCACUGCGCGUGGCCACGCUGUGGAUUGGCAAGGAGAACGUGGACAUGACCAUGAGGGGCUUCACGGGCGAGGAUACAUCCAAGGCGGGCAUGGAAAUCCAUGCCAUAUCGUCGGCCCUCAAGCCGGUGGCCACUUGGGCCGCCCGCGAUGGCAUUCAGGAGUGUCGCGAGGCCUGCGGCGGACAUGGCUAUCUGAAGUCCGCCGGUCUGGGUGAUCUCAGGAACGACAAUGAUGCCAAUUGCACGUACGAGGGCGAGAACAAUACGCUCAUCCAGCAGGCCUCCAAUUGGUUGGUCAGUCUGCGUCGCAGCAAUGCGGACUUUGUGGCUGUGUCGCCGCUGGAAACGGUGUCCUUCCUGAGCGACAUCAAUGGCAUUCUGCAGAGCAAGGCCGAGGAGCGCACGCCAGCGCAGGCAUUGGAUGCCAACAAUCUCCUGAAGGCCCUUAACUGGCUCACCGCCUGGCAGCUGGAAGCCACUGUCAAGCGUGCCGAGCAGCUGCAGCGCGAGGGCAAGGACGCCUUUGAGACGCGCAACAACAUUCAGGUGUUUGCCGCCCAGAAACUGUCCAUCAUCUAUGGCGAGCGCACCAUCUACUAUGUGUUCUACAAGUUUGUGAACAGUCUGCCUGCCUCCGCCGAGAAGCAGGUGCUGCAGCAGCUGCUCUCAUUCUAUGGCGCCCAUUUGGUUACCAAGUAUUCGGCCAUAUUCUAUCAGGGCGGCUAUUUCCGCGACAGCCCACACAUUGAGCUCUACCAGCAGGGCAUUCUGCAGCUGCUGCCAGUGCUGAAGGAUGAGGCCAUCGCACUGAUUGAUGCCAUUGCACCCACAGACUUUAUUCUCAAUUCACCGCUUGGCAUGAGUGAUGGCAAUAUCUAUCAGCAUUUGCAAAAGACAAUUGUCUCGACGCCUGGUGUCUUUGAACGUCCCGAAUGGUGGCGCGAUGUCACCUACAAGGAUUAUCUGAAGCGCGCCAAGUUGUAGGGGAUUCCGCUCAAAUCAAUCCGCUCAUUCACAAAUGUGCAAUAAUAAGUUACUUAAGUUCGAUGAUGAAUGAUUUGUUGAUCGCUAAGCGAUGUUAAUUACAAUUACAAAAUAUAUUCCACAAAUAUAGGAAAUACUUCAAGACACUAAA